GGUGCAUCAGCUAUUGAUCUUGUGUUUGUAAUUGAUGGAUCCAAGAGCGUGCGCCCAGAAAACUUUGACCUUGUCAAGCAAUUCAUCAACCAAGUUGUGGAAUCUUUGGAUGUUGGAGAAAAGAAGGCACAUGUUGGUGUAGUUCAGUACUCCAGUUCAGUAAGACAAGAGUUCCCCUUGGGCAGAUUCAACAAUAAGAAAGAUAUUAAAUCUGCAGUGAAAAAGAUGGCUUACAUGGAAAAAGGAACCAUGACUGGCCAAGCUAUCAAAUACCUAAUUGACAACACCUUUACCAUCUCCAAUGGAGGAAGACCUGGUGCAUCUAAAGUUGGCAUUGUUUUCACUGAUGGUCGUUCCCAGGACUAUAUCAAUGAUGCUGCUCUGAAAGCAAAGGAACUAG